CCAGAUUGGGUUUUGCCAAAACGCUUUAUGAUGAUAAAAGCAACCACUAGGGGGCGGGCUGGUACCGACCGAGCUCCUGGCAGACGCACUUUUCCUACGCUCCCACCGCGCAGGGCGGGGCUACCUCACCCACGGCUCCUAGGCUGUUUGUCGAGUCAAGUGAGGGGCGUGGCUUGACCUCCGAAUGAGGCCGGAAACUGCCGGGAAGAGCUUUGACGUAGCGCUCCGUCCGAAAAAGGCGGAAGUAACCGAGAAGCGCCGGAAACUUCCGAUUUGCGGCGAGUGUGCGUUAGUUGGCGGUGUGCUGCGCCAGUUACCAUGGAGCCGGCAGGGCCUUGUGGUUUCUGCCCCACUGGGGAGGCCCAGCCGGCUCGCUACACCUGCCCUCGCUGUAACGUGCCCUACUGCUCGCUGCGCUGCUACCGGGCGCAUGGCACCUGCGCUGAAGAGUUCUACCGUGACCAGGUACUGGGAGAACUGCGCGGCCGCAGCGCCUCGCCCAGCCGCCUGGCCACCGCCCUGCGCCGGCUGCGUCAGCAACGUGAGACCGAGGAUGAGCCCGGGGACGCAGGCCUCAGGCCUGGCCCGGCGCCCGGCGGCCUCUCAGGACUCUGGGAGCGGCUGUCCCCGGCCGAGAAGGUGGCCUUCGAGCGGCUCCUGAGCCGAGGUGAGGCCGGGCGGCUGCUGCCCCCCUGGCGGCCAUGGUGGUGGGGUCGCGGUGCCGCACCGCGGCUUCUGGAGGAGCUGGGUGAUGCCCCAAGCGGUGAUGCCGAGGAACUGGAGCUCUCCCCCGCGAGGAUGCCGCCGGAGCCCGUGAGGAAUGAGCCCGCGGCUGUCGAGCCGGUUCUUGGAGACCUCCCCGGGGCUUGCCCUCCCGCUGUGCCCACCCGGAUCCCCGCGCUGGCCAGCCUGAGCAGGGACCGGACGUCGCCGCUCGUGCGCUUCCAGCUGCCCAACGUGCUGUUUGCCUACGCACACACUCUGGCCUUGUAUCACGGCGGCGACGAGGCGCUGCUCUCGGACUUCUGUGCCACACUGCUCGGCGUUUCCGGAGCCCUGGGCGCCCAGCAGGUCUUCGCCUCUGCCGAGGAAGCCCUGCAGGCCGCAGCCCAUGUGCUGGAAGCAGGCGAGCAUCCCCCCGGACCUCUGGGCACACGGGGUGCCAUGCGCGAAGCCGCCCGCAUCCUGCUGGGUGAGGGCCCGGCCAGCCCGAAAAGCUACACGCUGGCAGCACUGGGGGACCUGGCGCAGACCCUGGGCCGAGCCCGAAAACAAGCUGUGGCCCCCGAAGAACGAGAUCGCCUCUACCGAGCCCGAAAGAAAUGCCAGUUCCUUCUGUCUUGGACCAACGAAAAUGAGGACGCCCUCACAUCCCUGGCUCUAGAAUGUGCCACGGCCUACCGAGCCCACACUGUGGCGGCCGAGGAGGUGGCAGCCCUCACGGGGGAGCUGGAGCAGCUUUGGGGAGGCCCCCUGCCACCUGCCCGGAGGACUCUCAUUGAGGAGCUCCCUGGCUGAACCCUUUGUCGUUAAUAAAGCUGUGACUGCUCUGCCCUGUCA